AUGGCCGACCCCAAGAUCCAGGAACUGCUCACCAAGCCGCGAAACGAGCUCACAGAGUACGAGAUAUCGCAAUUAGAAGAGCACGAGUUCAGCGCCGGUCCUCUUUCUAUCCUGCAGACCGCUGUCAGGAGUCACACCCAGGUCCUCAUCUCUAUUCGUAACAACCGCAAGCUUCUAGCCCGAGUAAAGGCUUUCGAUCGCCAUUGCAACAUGGUUCUAGAGAACGUGAAGGAGAUGUGGACGGAAACUCCCAAGCUUGCUAACGGCAAGAAGGGACGGCCCAUCAACAAGGAUCGGUUCAUUAGCAAGAUGUUUCUACGAGGCGACUCCGUGAUUUUAGUCCUCCUGAGCUAG